UUGCGAUUGAUUUUCCAAGGUUUUGCGAUCCACACUGAUUUGGCAUGAAGCCGCGGCGAUGCAGCGUAGCCAGGCUUCGGGCGGCGUUCCUCGGUCUAUUCGUGGUGUCUGUGGCGGUGACUUGGUACGCCACCUCAGCUGUGCAUCCAGCUUCACUUGACCGCCGCUCGGCCACCCCCACCAAGCUACAUGCGUUGGCUAAUACCGUCGUCCCCAAUGAUAUCGAACCCACCAAGCAGUUGCAUGUCGUCGCCAAGGAAAAGCCCGCUCCUGCCGCCGUGUUCUUUGCUCGCAUCAUUGGGAAUGCCCUGCCUCCACGCCACGACCCCGCUCGGACGUUGAUCAACCUCCGGUUCAUCCUCGAGAACGAAUUCCAAGACCCCCGUGUGCACAAGCAUUGGGUGUUGAAUCGCAUUCUGAACGACACCGUCGAGCGCGACAUCAUGCAACUCUUGGACCAGCACAGUGCCAGCUACACCCGCCUACCGUUUCUCCUUGAAGAGUACGCGGACGCGCCAUUUUCGCUCUUGGAUCAGGAUGAUCACUCGGAUCACUUGCAUUCGAACGUUGAACUCGAUGCAUGGAACCAAAACCUACUGCUCAGUUCCAUCUACGAUCAAAAGAACUUGUACGCGAUGAGCGUCAACCACGCCCGCAAUGCCAUGAUUGCGCUGGGCAUUGCCAAAGGCGCGACGUGGAUCCUACCGUGGGAUGAAAACUGCUUUGUGACUAAGAAUGCAUGGCAAAGCAUAUCCAAAGACUUGUUUCCACCAAACAUUACGACUGAUGUGGCUAGUGACGAUCAUCCAAACUAUUACGUAACUUGGAUGGACCGAUUAAAAGUCGACAACGACGUCGUGCUGUCGCCCAGUUAUACCCCCCAUGCAUGGGAAGAGCCGCAGAUCAUCUUUCACCGCAACGCCGUGGAGCGAUUCGACGAAGCUUUUCGGUACGGGCGGCGGGAUAAAGCAGCGCUGCUAAUUCGCUUAAACGUCCCUGGCGCCUGGUUUGACUGGGGCUGGUCCACCUGGGAACGGCAGCGAACCUUUGACAUUCCAUCUCAAGAUAUAAAGUCUCACAGUUCACACGCGGUACCGUCCACGGGGUUUGUGAUUCGACUCUUCUCCGGCAACCCGGUGUACGAAGACCAGGCGUAUGGAUACGAACGAGAAAUGGCACGAGCAGUGGCAGUGGCGAAGCAGUUGGAGGCGCUGGACGACCAAGUGAUGCGGGACGUGCUGCAGUUCCACCCGAGCAAUUUGGUCGUGUAUAGCGAAGACCAGUUAUUGCAAGCGAAAGACUCGUUUGAAAACCGAAAAAAAAUAUUAUUUCCACACGUCCACGAAAUAUUAGCUGACGCCGACACGGCGUUGGAGCUACUGUCGGUGUUGUUGUUGCCGUCCGACGUACCUCCAUCCAUGUUCACGGAUACCACGCAAUGGUAUCAUGAUGUGCAAGUGCGUUUUGAAUCGAUGGUGUACAACCUGACAGCCUUAGUCUUUGGCUCGUUUAUCUCAAGCGACGACAAGUAUACGCAAGCCGCCGUCCAGUUACUCCACACCUGGUUUGUUCAAUCGAGUCGUAGUGUCCUACCCCCGCCAGCUACGUUAUUACGCACGGAGGACGGAUUGGUCGUGAUGCGGACCCUGCCUUUAUUUCUCGACACUUUAAAAAUCCUCCAAGAAAGCACCGACACUUCGUACACAUCUGGCUUGUUAUUACACGUACAAACCUGGCUCAGACAGUAUUACCAAGUGCUAGCUAUGGACAAACAACCUGCCAAAUUGAACGCCCCGUCCAAAUGGUUUCGAUCGUCCACGCAUUAUGGCGUGGUAUAUGACAGUCAGAUGGCGUGCCUGGCUGCAUAUUUGGACCAACCAGCUGAGUUUCGCUUCCACGCAGAUACUGUGCAAUCCCGGCUGGUUCAUCUGGCCUCCAACAAUAGCGUGGAAAUGCUGCGGGACUGGGUGAUCAUGGCGACGAUGGCGCAGUCGGCGGGUAUCGACAUAUGGACAUUUCAAGGCCAAGCAUUGUGUGGACACGUGCGUUGCUGUGGACCUACUGCAGCAACUUGCAAUGCAACAGUAGAAGACACAAGUUUGAGGCUUCAAUAUGGAUGGGAUUUGGUGCCGCUGGUUCUGCCCAAGUGCCCUUCGUUGCGCGCGGUUGCCGAGUGUACCGCCGUGGCGUCGGCAGUGGCAACUCAACGUUUUGGCAGCUUGACUUCGAUUCGAAAUGCCCGAAACUGGCACUUUCCGCCUUAUAUGAGUCUAUGGCAGACGUAAUAUACUAAACAAACGUGUCAUAUUGGGUUCAUG